AUGCAGAUCUCUGCGCGUUUCACUUUAAUUCUCGUCGUGGCCGUGGCGUUUCUCGUUGAAAGUCAUGGGGCACUCCCUAACAUUGGCCGAUGUACUUUCAUGGAGUACUAUUGUGCUGUUCGAAAAUGCGUCACAUUAUUCUAUAAAGGACUACAAAAGGACCCCAAAGGAGACUGUUUUGCUAAGUUCGACCAAAUGAAAGACUGUGUGGUGAAGGUGAUGAAGUAUUGUGCGAACUCACUGCCGGAUAGCACCAUCAGAAGAAUUGUAGACGACAGUUUUCCCAGCAAAGAAUGUUCUGAAGGCCCCGCUCUAAUAUCAUCUUCGUCAGCGGCAUCACCGCUUUGUUCCAGCUCUUUCGUCACUAAAGCAAACGCCUGUGGAAGGACCUUCCGGCAAAUAUUCGUCGCGGACAAAUCGAAUUCCUCUCUUUGCGCGGAGGAAGCCAAGCGGAAGAAGUGUGUGAAUAAUCUGAUUGAUUCUGACUGCACCUUUUCCUCUGCUGACCGGGAAGUGUUGGACUUGGGGCUUGCUGACUACAAUCCUUUCUGCGCAAACAAUCGGGACCCUGGGGCGACCGGAAAUGAUCAGUGUUAUGGCGUGACAGACAUCCCCUCCGGCAUGAAUGCAGCCGCUGGCAUUAAACCCGGUGUAAUGCAGGCGCUGUUGUUAGUUUUCAUGUCCAUUUGUUUCUUUUUCAACUAUUAA